GGGGGGUGCUGUGCAACUUGCUGGAUGGGACUUGAUGCUUGCAUUCAAACAGAAGACAAGCAAAAACAGAGUUCAAAGCUGCUGGGAAUUAAGAGAAAACUCGCUGAAGAAUCACCUUGUUCUGAGGAGAAAUGACACGCUGAUGGGAAAUGGUUUUAAAAGGCUGAAAAGUCAAAGAACAUCGGAAAAAGGAAGGCCGUCACUUCCAAGAGAAGAGUCAAGGCAAGGGAGCUGUUAAUGCAACAUGAUCCAGUGGGUCUUGCCCUAAAAAUACCUCAGGACAGAAGAGUGGCAGCAGUCUCUAUCUGCUUAAUUACUUGGUAAUCACUUAUUUAUUUUUCUUCUUUUGAAAACUGAGGUUAGAGAACAAAGAUUUGAAGAGAUAUGUUUCAAUAUAUUGUAAUUCGGUUUUCCAAGUAAAAGAAAGUUAUCUUACAUUUUAAAAUGUGAUCAUUUUGUUAACUAAGUUAUAUGUGAAGCCUUCUCAUAGACUCACUGUCCUCAAUUGAUUUUGGUUUAGAGUUCUAAAACAAAUUCUGAACAGGGACAGUAGCCCGAUAUACACAGUAAAAGAUUCCAUUGUAGGGUCUACCCAAUAAGUUCAACCAUGAGGAAAGCUGAGGUGCAAAUGACCCUGAAAAAGGGGGAAGAUAAAGCUGCUACACCCCCGAGCCCCAUCAUCCCACCAAAGCGGUCCAAAGCGGGCCCAGUGCAAGUUAUCCCGGACCCUCGAGGACUCGGCUAUCCCAACCAAACUCCACCUGUUUUUGCACGCAAAAUGAGGAACGCCGCUGUGGGGACGGGCUGCGACAUCCGUAUGAAGGUGACUGUGGCCGGAGACCCCCAGCCAUCCCUGUACUGGUACCACAAUGAUGAACUCCUCAACAUGGAGAACCAGGAGUACGGAGGCCUCUGGAUUAGGGAUUGCAAACCAAGUGAUGCAGGCCUCUACACCUGCAUCGCCAAUAAUCACGUGGGAGAGGCACGGAGCAGCGCUGUACUGGCUGUCCUGGAUCUGGGGGAAGAUUCUGAAACAACAGAGGAUGAAGGUGACCAAUACGAGACCAAAGAAGAUAGUUGGGAUGUUGAGGACCAGGCUGUGCAUAAAGUGAUGGACACAUGUGCAGAAGAUGACAGUAGAACACAUGGACAUGAGGAUCACUCUAACACAACCAGGAGCCAAUCAGAGCAUUUUUCAAGAGAAUCUCCCCCACAAGCCCUCCCACCCCCAUCGCCAAGACUCAUCAAACGUCCCUCCACCUCUCCAAUGCCAAGUCGCUCUGGUUCAACUACACCUGUCAACUUGCGGAAGAAAGCUACUUUGCCAACUGAUUACCAAGACACAGUUCCCGGGGAGUUUGAAGAAAAAGUCAAGCAACCAAGAUCUCUGUCUCAGAGUAACCCCCAUGAGUCACGAUCUCAGACUCCACUGAGCGAGUACUCCAGGAAAGAGUUUAAUCUCAGACCGUCCCCAAAGCUUACGAGGGCGAGCUCAAAGGUUUUUGAGAAGGUCCGUGGUUUAGAAGAGCGGAGAAGAAGCCUUGAUAUUCCAGAGGGUUCGAUCUCUGCAGGAUCCUGGGCAGGCUUCAAUCGCGCGGGAUCUGUAGAUUCAGAUGAUGGGGGAAGUCGAUUGGGUAUCUCUAGAGAAAGUUCAAGGGAAGAUCUGAGGGAGGCUUUGAAAGAGGAUGCCGCUGAGCGGAGAUCUAUGUUUAGACAGAGAGCUGCUUCCCUCGAGGACAAACCUCGCAUCACCCAAAAAGUUCAAGACAUUGAGAACAAGUUCACUGAGGAGCUCCAGCGCAUUAAGAAACUAGUAGGUAGACCUCAUAUGAAGAAGUCGUUUUCAACUGAACAGCUCACCCUAAAGAGCAAACAGCGCCAGCCGUUCAGGAAAAUCGAACCUAUUCCACCACAAGUCCUUCAGAAGCUCCAAGAAAGGGAGCGUGCCCAGUGGGCAAAGGAACAGAAAGAGAAGGAACACAGUUCUCAACCAAUUCAGCAACAACAAAAGAUAGCAAGAACAGGUUCAACUUCUGUAACCAUCAGUAGAUUUGGAGAAGUUGCAGGCACCCCAGAGUCCAUGCAGUUAUCUGACUUACCAGGACAACGAUCAGUCAGAGAAUUAAGUAGAGUCAGUCCAGUAACGGAAAUAGUUCAGAGAUCAUCGUCACCAUCAUUAUAUCAUCAACAAAGGGCAGAGUCGCCGUUUCGCAAGGUUGAACGAAGGCCACCUAGUCCACUCGUACAAAGAGUAUCUCGAUUGCAAGAAUCCCCGCUCUUCCAAGAAUCUCUCGGGUCUCAAAAAGAUGAGACUUCAGGGAGAAAGACGCCAAUUGAGGUCGCAUUGAGAAGAAUUGACAACAGACCUGAAAGCCCACUGGUGCAAAAAAUAGUCGACAUUGUGGAAGAGCUCUCUCCUCAACCUCCUUUGAAACCCCCGAGGAUGUCCCCAGUUACUCCAACGGAGAACAGAAUGGAAGUGGAUCCAGCUAAAACUGCCAUAAAGAUGCGAAUCCCCGCCAUUAUUGUUGAAGAUGAAAAGAUGGAGGUGGAUGUUCCUGUGAAGACAAGUGAGCCUCAGCAGAUCACUGCUAGUGGCAAAGAGGGACGACAGAAGAAGACCAAAGGGAAGAACCGUCGCACUCGACCCUUGUCUCCAGAGUUAGACUCUUCAGAUGAUUCUUACGUGUCUGCUGAAGAAGACCCAAUGGAGGCCCCCGUAUUUGAGUUUCCCCUGCAGGACACUGUAGCAUCUGCUGGUGCAGAUGUGCUAUUAAGAUGCAUCAUUGCUGGCACCCCAAUUCCUGAAGUUACCUGGACGAAAGAGAAUACGGAAAUCACCGGCAUUGCAAAUUACAUGGUAAAAGUGGAGGGGGAAAGACAUACUCUGCUCAUCAAAUCAGCUCAAAUGAGUGAUGGUGGGAAGUACUGUGUGACUGCUGUUAAUCAGACGGGCAGAGCGACCAGCAGCGCCGUCCUUCUAAUCAAAGCAGAGUCUGCACAGGAGCCAAGGGGCAACCUGGGCUUGCCUCGGGAUAUCAGCAGCCCUAUCACAUCUGAUGAGGAGUAUCUCAGUCCCCUGGAGGAAGGCAUGGAUUUUGGAGGGCCAGAGCUCAGGAAAACUAUUGACACACGAUUCAGGAAACCCCCUGCAUUCCUGGUAACGAUGAGUGAUCAAGCUGUCAUUGAAGGACAGGAAGUCACCAUGUCUGUCCGAAUGAGUGGACAACCCAAACCCAUGCUCUAUUGGCUGAGGGACAGAGUCACAGUAAAAACAGGCCCACGCCACAUUGUACGAGAGACAGAAGACGGCAAUUUCGAGAUGACCAUCAAGUCGGCUGUGAAAUCGGACUCUGGGAUUUACACCUGUAAGAUCAUUAAUGAGUAUGGGACGAAGCAGUGUGAAGGAAGGCUCGAGGUAAAAGCUCCACCAGUUGAGCCAGGCUUGGCUGUCAUCCGCCCGGUCAGAGACAUCACUGCCAAGGCCGGGGAGACGGUUCUGUUCGAGUGUCAUGUCAUCGGACCCAAGGACACUGACGUGGACUGGCUCUCCGACGGGAAACUGAUCCAGCCCGCAUUGCUCAACUGUAAGAUGCACUUUGAUGGAAGAAAGUGCCGGCUGCUGCUCAACUCCGUACACGAGGACGACAGCGGCACAUACAUGUGCAAACUCAGCACCGCUAAAGAGGAAGUGACUUCAUGUGGCAAACUCAAAGUCAUCCCUUCGAUUGAGCCUCUCUUCACCCGUAAGCUGGACGUUCUGGAAGUGAUUGAGGGGCGUAACGCUCGAUUUGACUGCAAAGUCAGCGGGACGCCGCCUCCUAAGGUCAUCUGGAGCCACUUUGACCAUCCGCUGACAGAGAGUGAAGACGUUAGAAUUCUUCAGGAAGGCGGUCGCCACUCUCUGUUCAUUUCUCAUGUGACCAAUGAGGAUGAGGGUUUUUACACCGUCAUAGCCCGUAACAACCUCGGAGAGGCAGAGAGCUCAGCCGAACUUUACAUACAAGAACCGCGGCCCGCUAUCUCCUCACAGAUGGCUAAACUGGAGAAGAUGCCAUCGAUCCCGGAGGAGCCCGAGGUCCCAGAGAAUGAGGUGGAGCGUUUCACGAUGCCAGACUUCAUCAAACCGCUUUACGACCUGGAUGUGAUCGAGGGGAAGGAGGCGGUGCUGAAAUGUAAAGUGGCUGGUUUGCCGUACCCCACCAUCGUCUGGUUUCACAACGGCAAACGGAUUGAGAGCACCGAGGACAGAAAGAUGACACAGUUUCGUGACGUCCACAGCCUGGUCAUCCGCUCCGUGUGCCACGCCCACGGCGGAGUCUACAAGAGUGUCAUCUCUAACAAAGUCGGCAAGGCCACCUGCUACGCUCAUCUCUAUGUCACAGAUAUACUCCCUGACCCUCCGGAUGGCACCCCAGUGAUCGAGUCCAUCACCGGGAAAACCAUCACCUUAAGCUGGAAGAAACCAAGGAGGCUGGACCCUUCCAUCGAUCCCAUCUCCCUGAUGUAUGCCAUCCAACAGCAAGCCCUGGGCUCCAUCCAGUGGACCAUCAUAGCUUCUGGCCUGAAGGAGACCACCUACAUCCUUAGCACCCUCUCCAAAGGGGUGCGCUACGCCUUCAGGGUCCUGACCAUCACCUCCAAAGCCUUCAGCAAGCCCUCCCCCAGCACCGACUCAGUGCAGCUCCUGGACCGAGGCCCCUAUCUCCAGGAGGCUCCAGUGAUCAUUGAUAAGCCAGACAUUGUGUAUGUGAUGGAAAAUCAGUCGGUCGCCAUCACUGUGACCCUCAAUCAUGUCAACGCUGCCGUCCUCUGGAAGAGGAGGGGAGCGGUCCUCUCCAGCAAGCCAGGCCUGUACGAGAUGACCAUGCCAGAUGAUGACCAGCAAACGCUGAAGCUGCUUAAAGUGAAGAGUGCUGACAUCGGAGAGAUGAUGUUCGUGGCCUCCAACGACUUCGGCAGUGAGAGCUGCACCUUCAACGUGGAGCUGGCAGCUCCACCAACAUUUGAAACAAUCAUGGAGGACUUGGAGGUUUGUGCCGGGGAGACUCCGCGCUUUGCUGUGGUUGUGGAGGGCAAACCCGUUCCUGACAUCCUCUGGCUCAAGAAUGAUAUCCUGCUGUCGGAGAGUUGUCAUUACACAUUUGUGUACGAUGAUAAUGAGUGUUCCCUGGUGGUCCUGAACGCUCGCCCUGAAGACUCCGGGGUUUACACCUGCACCGCCAGGAACUUGGCGGGAUCUGUGUCCUGUAAGGCCGAACUCACAAUACAUGAAGCUACACAUAAACAGGAGCCAAAGGAUGACGAGGAGACGAUUCGAAGGAAAAUGCGCAGACUGACAGAUAACUAUGACAUUCACAAGGAAAUUGGAAGAGGUGCCUUUUCCUACGUGAAACGCGUGACCCAGAAGGUUGGCAAGAUGGAGUAUGCUGCAAAGUUUAUCUCCACACGGGCCAAGAAGAAGGAGUCUGCUCGGAGAGAGAUGAACCUGCUUUCCAAGCUGGACCACGAGAGAGUCCUUUACUUUCAGGACGCCUUUGAGAACAAGAAUGCAGUCAUUAUCAUCACUGAACUAUGCCAUGAGGAGAUUCUUGACAGAUUCACAAGGAAAUCUAUUGUAAUGGAGUCUGAUGUACGCUCAUGUAUAAGACAAAUGCUCGAGGGCAUGGAUUACCUUCAUCAUCAGAACAUUAUACACCUGGACAUUAAGCCUGAUAACAUCCUCAUGGCAGACUCCCAAAGCGAUCAGAUCCGAAUUUGUGACUUUGGCAACGCACUGCAGGUCACACCCGACGAGGCUCAAUACUGCAAAUAUGGCACACCAGAAUUUGUUGCGCCAGAAAUUGUCAGUCAGACGCCUGUGUCAAAAGCAACAGACAUCUGGUCAAUUGGAGUAAUUGCAUACCUGUUUCUGACAGGAGUUUCUCCAUUUGCUGGAGAGAAUGAUCGCAGCUCCGUGCUGAACAUCAGGAACUAUAACGUGGCUUUCGAGGAGAGCAUGUUUGCUGACCUUUGCCGAGAGGCUAAAGGCUUCAUCAUAAAGCUGCUGGUAGCAGACAGGCUGAGACCUGAUACUCAAGGAUGUCUCAGACACCCCUGGUUCAAGAUACUUAGCAAGGGGAAGGCCAUAAGUACAGAGGCCCUGAGGAAGUUUGUAUCUCGGAGAAAAUGGCAGCGUUCACUCAUCAGCUAUAAAUCAAAAAUGGUCAUGAGGUCCAUACCUGAGCUGCUGAAUGAUUCCUCCAGCCAUAUCUCCAUUGCAGUCCCCAGGAACCUCAAAGAAAGUUCACCUAUGCCAUCGUCAUCUUCAGAUUCUAAUGAAGACAUUGAUGAACUGCCAUUUAUUCCAAUGCCUCUUAACAUGGAAUUUUCUGGAUCAAGGAUGUCGCUGAAUGACAUCCAAACCAAUGAGCAAGAAACAGGGAAGCAGGAUGGUACGAGUAAGUUGUCUGGGUCUCCUGUUCAAGGCCAGGAAGCAAUGGAGUGUGACACUAAGGAAAUGGAUAAAGAAGGGGUUGAAAUAACAGGUAAAGGUCGCCUGCGUAAAAGGUCGCCAAAAGACAAUGAUAAAGGUUCCUCAGAUGAAGAAUCACCCGCUGAAUUGCCACAAAAGUCACAGGUGACUAGAAAACCCCUACGCAGGGGUUCGAGUAUGGACUCUGACAAACCAGACAAACCAGAAGGUGGACGACGAAGAGGAGAGCUAAGACGUGGAGGCUCUGCCGACAGUGCAUUGCUGCUAAAAAUUACACCAGAGGAAGGAACUGGAGAAGGAAUCCAAGAGGAUGGAAGGAGAGUUCUCAAGAAAGCCGUCUCUAUGGAGCUACCAAGGAGGAGCACCAGUCCAGGAACUGCCAAUAUGAGUCAAGAAGACUACGCUCUUAAACUGGAGAUGAUGAGACAGCGGCUGCUUCGUGGAGGCUCUGUAGACAAAAAGAUGAGUGGACUAAGAGGACCUCUAUUGGAAACAUUAGGAUCUUCAGAUCGCUACUCUCGUACUGCACGUUUGGGCCCACCCCCGCUAAUUAGAGCUUCAUCCAGCGAUUCUGCAAUGGAGGAUGAUCCAAAACCAAAAAUGUUACGCAAAACUGCUUCUUUCAGUCAGGGUGAUUCAGAACCCAUAGCUCUACACCGCCGGUUGGGAGCUCCCUUGGAGAUUCCCUUGGCACAGGUGGAAGAGAGAAGGCUUAAGGAGGCUAUAUCUAUGUCAUCUCUCACUGAGCAAAUCAAGCUAGACUCCCGUCCAGUGACUCCCAGGGAUCCUUCGCCAAAACCGCCAACACCAGAGUCUGUUAUGCAGGAAAGUCCAAUCAAAGCGGAAAGCGAAGAAUCUUUCAUGGAGAAGGAGAUAAAGCCUGAUGACAACAUGAAUGAAAAGAUGGAAGGGAUGACCACAGAUAGUAAUUUUGAUGAGAGAUCGAGCACUAGUGGUUUCUCAGAGAAGGACAUGAGCAUAUCAGAAGAAACAAUGACUGAAUCAGAGUACACGGGCCAGAUAAUUGCUACACCACCUGUUGCGGUUGAAAGCUCUACACUAGAAGAGAAAAUGGAAGAACAAGUAGUGAGAGAAGAUGUGCAAGAAGAAAAAGAAGAGAUGAUGAAAGAAGAAGAAAUAAUUGUCAGUACUGUCAAAGGAAAUGUUGAAGGAGAAAAUAUGCCUGCUCAAUCUUCUGAUAUGAUCAUAAUCACAAGCUCAGUUAUGGUGAGACCAACACAGGAAUAUUCCCAUCCAUCAGCAAUGGUUCUGCCUACUUAUGUUACAUCCUCUGUUCCUGUAGUAACUCUUCCAGAUGGAAGGACUUCAGCAUAUGCAAGCAUUAUGCAGACCAUCAUGGUCCCUGCAGUUCAGCCUUUAAAUGACCAACCUUUAAGCCCCUCUACACCUGUUGUGGUUCCAGCCAUUAUGUCACCCUCAGUAUCAAGUGUACCCACAUAUUCACCAGCCAGCAUGUCCUCUGCUUUACCUGGUCAACCAAAGCUAACCAUCAUAUCAACCACUGAGCACCCUGCUGUAUUCUCCAGGGUAGCGUCACCAGAAAUGAUGACAAAAGAACCCACUCCACCAAGGACUACCACACAUUCCUCAUCCCAACAAGAGACCCCAGCAGGAGUUGACUUUAAGGACAUAUCCUCUGAAGAGGUCUUUGAGGCCCGCUUCAAAAAACGUGAGUCUUCCCUGUCAAGAAGUCUAAAGUUUCUGUCACGGUCAAAGCAUGAGGACAAAUCACAAGCGAUAUCAUCGGACUCCGCAGAGUCAGGCGAAGAGAUAUAUAGACCUGGGCCGAUUGGUGCACCUUUGGAAUUAGCACCGAGGAGACUUGAGGAGAAGUGUAAGUCAGUCCAGGACCUUCGUGAAGCUCAAAAGGACCAAGGCUUUAUGAAAAGGCUCUCUAUGCGCCUGAAGAGAGCGCCGUCAGCUGAACGCAAGGAGGAAGCGACCAAAGAAGAAGAUUCUUCAAGACGUAGGCUUUCUUGGACUAUCGGCAGAAGGGGGUCACAGGAAAAGAAGGAAGUGGAGAUGGCGCACAAAGAUAGUGACGGUAAUGUGUUGUCGGAACAAGAUGAUAAGGAGCUCAAGAAACCUAAUGAAUCACCGGUCCUGGCGAUGCGCAGAAAGAUUGAAUCGACGGUGGCUGGGAUCUCCACAAGAAUUCGAAGCUUCUCAGAGGAAAGGAGAGCAUCAGAGGACAAGGACCCCAAGAGGACGCCCAUUUUUUCCAUGCUUCGUCGUGCAACAUCAGAAAGCCGAGCUCCGAAAGUUGCCAGUGUUCCUCAGAACCAGCUGGCAGCUCAGGCCAGUAAUGGAGCAUCUUCAGAGUCUCUAGACUCUAUGGCCAGCCUGAAGUCAGAAACAAAGGCUGCAGAGGGUGAGCGCAGAUCACGAUGGGAUCGUUGGGGCCUGACCAGAGGAAGGCGUGACAAGACGGUAUCACAGCCCGACAUACCAACAGCAAUUUCCAGAGAAAAUAGUUCCCUACGUUCACGCCAGUACUCCAAACUGGCUUCCGAUUUCCCUCCAGUAUUCCACAUUAAGCUUAGAGACCAUGUCCUGCUGGAAGGAGAUCCAGUCACACUCAGCUGUCUGCCAGCUGGCAGCCCCCACCCACACAUCCACUGGAUGAAAGAUAAGAAGCCCCUGGAGAUUGACGCCAGGAUGAACCUGAUCGCCUGCCCUGAUGGCCGACAGCUACUGAUGAUCAUGCAGACCACCAAAAAGGAUGCAGGGGUCUAUGAAUGUGUUGCUACGAACCCCCUGGCCGCAGUGUCCAGCUCUUGCACAAUAUCUCUUGCUCGUCUGCCCAACCGUCCCGGGACCCCUGAAAUACCUCAGAAGUACAACAAUACAGCUCUGGUACUGUGGAGGCCCUCAGACACAAUGGCCCCCUGCACAUAUUCUCUGGAGAGAAAAGCAGAGAGUGAGACCAACUGGCUGAUCGUGGCUACAGGGGUGGCAGACUGUUAUUUCAAUGUGUCUGACCUGCCAGCAGGGGGCGCCUUCAGGUUCAGGGUGGCAUGUGUAAACAAAGCUGGACAGGGCCCUUACAGCAACCUCUCAGAGAUAGUAAGCCUGGAUGCUUCAGAACCAGCUAAGUCCAGUGCUACUGUUGUGGUGAAGACUGUCCCAUCAACGACUCCUCCUGCCCCUGUGGUGAUGAUGUCAUCUAUGAAAGUGCCUCCCAUCAAACCUGCUUCCAAUAAAUCCUCCCCGGUAACACCUGCCCCUCCCUCGACUUCAGCUCCCGCUCCAUCUGUGGCUCAAUCUGCCUCUACAGUAACCACUGUGAAGGUUGCUGCUGUUACUCCGCCCGUUAGCACAGCUCCGACCACCACAGCUCCGACCACCACAGCUCCGACCACCACAGCUCCGACCACCACAGCUCCGACCACCACAGCUGCUCCAGUCAAAGCCAAGAGCACCCUGAGUAUCAGCAUGAGCAAGCCCCAGACCAAACUGGCUCCUCCCCCUGUUGUCCCACCCAAACCUCAAAGUCCUGUGCCCCCCUCAACCAGGAAAACACCUUCUCCUCUACCACCACCUGCACCUGCCAUAGGGAAACCUAUUUCUUCCAUUCCAAUGUAUGCGCCGGCUGUGACCGCGUGUGUUACUGCACCUUCACAAUCUAGUUCCACCCCGGCAACCAUCACCCUUACUGUUACCCCUGUGACCGUCUCACCUCAUGUGACCGUCUCACCAUCCGUGACCAUCUCCCCGCCCGUAGUGGUGGUGCAGAGCUUGACACCACUAGUGCAGGGAGGGGACAACCGAGGUACCCCAUCAGGACGAGUCACACCAUCAGGACGAGUCACACCAUCAGGACGGGCAACACCUUCGGGCCGCAGGACGCCGUUGGGACGGCCCGGAGAGGGAUCCCUGCGCCAGGGAGUCCCACAGAAGCCUUACACCUUCAUGGAUGAGAAAGCAAGGGGUCGGUUUGGUGUGAUCCGUGAGUGCCGGGAGAACGCCACAGGAAACCUCUUCAUGGCUAAGAUCGUUCCAUACGAGGCGGACAACAAGCAGACGGUGCUGCAGGAAUACGACAUCCUCAAAUCCCUUCACCAUGACAGGAUCAUGGCUCUGCACGAAGCUUACGUCACACCGCGCUACCUGGUGCUCAUCUCCGAGUACUGCAGCGGGAAGGAGCUGCUCUUCAGCCUCAUAGACAGGUUCCGUUACUCGGAGGAUGACGUGGUCACCUACAUCGUACAGAUCCUCCAGGGUCUGGAUUACCUCCACACACGACGCAUCCUCCACCUGGACAUCAAGCCGGAGAACAUCAUCAUCACCUACAUGAAUGUCAUCAAGAUCAUCGACUUCGGCAGCUCUCAGAAUUACAACCCGCUCUUCCUCAAGCAGUUCAGCCCUCCUAUUGGAACACUGGAGUAUAUGUCUCCGGAGAUGUUGAAGGGGGACGUGGUGGGUCCUCCAGCUGACAUCUGGAGCGUGGGCGUGCUGACCUUCAUCAUGUUGAGCGGCAAGUCGCCUUUCAUUGAAAUUGAGCCUCAGGAGACUGAAGCCAGGAUCCAGGCGGCGAAGUUUGACCUGUCUAAACUCUACCAGAAUGUGUCCCAAAGUGCCUCUCUGUUUCUUAAAAAGAUCCUCUGUAGCUACCCCUGGGCCCGUCCCUCCAUUAAGGACUGCUUCAAUAACUCCUGGCUCCAAGACGCGUACCUGAUGCGGCUCCGCAGGCAGACCCUCACCUUCACCACCACCCGCCUCAAGGAAUUCUUGGCCGACCAGCAGCGCAGGCGAGAGCAGGUCGCCACCAAGCACAAAGUCCUCCUGCGGUCCUACCAAAGCUCGCCACAUACCCCCACCAGCCCCGCCACGCCAAAUGUGCCAACCACACCCACCACAACUGUCACCCAGUGAACACAGGCUUCCAACACGGAAUGUCAGGAGGGGAUGGGGGGCAUCCUUAGAGCGACACAAGACUUUGGGCCGCGGGAUGGGAUGGUCCCUUCAGGAUGGAGUCGUUGAACUUGAAAAUAAAACUCAAGAAACCAGCAGUGGCAGCAGAGACGCACUUAAGGGAACUCUUAUAAAGUCACAUGAGCCUGACUGUAUUUUUAUAUGGUGGACCUUGUUCACACAAGGCAGGAUGUUGUCUUCAAGUUAGUACCUCAAGGUUUGUAACAUUUUGGAUAAACCCUUUCUUACCGUCAACCUUGCUAGAGGGAAUGCAUAUUGGUACAUAGACCCACCGUGGAAGGCCUGAAAGAGUGGAAAUAGAAGUUUGAGGUUUUACUUAAGUUACGUUUUUCACCACUUUCCAAAAUAAUGAAGCACAAUUUCAAAGCCUGGAGUGCUAAAACAAUUGAUGCCUUGUUUCCCUUUACUCUUAGUUUCAUAUUCAAAUGUUUCCCAACCAGGGGUUCAUUCUAUGAUGGCUAAUUCUACGCCCACGAUUAAUCACUAAAGCAGUGUUAUCUGUGCUACAGUACCUACGUUUUUAUACUGCUGUAGCAUCUUGAAGAUUGUAGCAUGUCCGGUUACUUUUUAAAUUCAGAGGACAUAUGAGAAGAUUUUUUACAAGGGCUAUUAGAAAAAUGACUCUUACUAUCAGCACAAAACACUUCCCCUUAUGUUAUUUAUUCGAUCAUUGAAAAUCUGAUUUUUGUUUUGCAAUUUGUAAUAAGACCUUCAUUUUGGCAAAUUAGCUUCCAGUUUAGCUAAGUUCUUCCACUUAUCCCAGUUGAAAGAAUCUGCAGUGAUAAGCUAUAUUUAUCCCAUCUCUGAGUUUACUAAUAUGAAGUUUACAAGUUUGCUGAGUCAGUCAGCUAGUGUAUUUGUAGACUGUGCAUACAGCACUUUGCCUACUAUCCAAGAUCAUUGUCAUAAUUAAUUAUUCAGGGGGGUUAGUUGUAAAGUGAAUCACUUUAGAAGCCCACUGGUGAUACUGGGGUUCCUCCAAGUGCCCUUAACCAGUUAGCAUAAAAAAUAGCCUCUCCAAUUCAUUGAGAAAGACAGUUUAUAAAGACACAAGCAAGCGGUUUAGUUCUUUUUUUAGCUGUAAUAUUCAAUUGCUAACAGCUACCGCUUUUAAAAAAAGGUUUGAUUUAAUUAGAUUUUAUAAAUGGCCAAAUCUUGUAUAAAUAAAGUUAGGUAAGAUUGAAAAUGGUGAUAAUCCAAUUAAAAAAUAUAAUGUAAUUGUUAUUCCCUAAAUGAAGCGUCAUACACCUUGUUUACGAGGCCAUCCAAUUGACCAAACACAGUGGUCCACACAUAAAUAUCAAUACAUGCAGCUCUAGGAAAUAUCAUUAUUAUAUGUAAGAGACACCUACUCUUAUCCCACACUCUUUAUAUGGGAUAUUUUGAGGAAUUUACCUUCAAAUAAAUAUUGUUAAAAAAACGUGUCAUCUUCAAGAGGAUAGAAAUGAGAGAUUUACUUUUUAACAGUUGCAGAAUGGUUAAAUAUUAUAUAUAUAUAUCUCUUUGCCCCUUAUAGCAUAAAACUUGACCUCUAAGUUUGAAGAUUAUAAUCAAACGCAUACUGAUAUUGGCUCUUUGGUUGGAUUGAAAGUAGAAUAUGACUCUGCGGCAUAUGGUGUUUAAUGUCUGUUCCAAAAACAAUUGUGUGAAUGCCUAAUAUCCACUUUUGUUCUGGAAUUCUAUCCUCUGGCGUCGGUACCAGCACAUCUGCUAUAACUUUUUUUUCAUGAAUCAGUGAUAUUUUCUCUGGUCAUCAAACGGCUAAAUUGUAUUGUUUCUUUCAUGUUGCUUUGCCUUGUGAGGGUAAACUCAGUUUUAAAACCAGCAUGUGAAACUUUUGCACAAAUGUCAGAUUUCUGAUCACUUUGUGUUUAUAUAAGGUACAGAUUUGCACACUAAACAUGACUUAAUUUCCGUGACAUAUGACUAUACAAAAGAAGGUAAAAAGGACUUUCACAACAACACUACAUAAAACUGCUUCAUACAUCCAGCUUAAUCAAGAUAUGUUUGAAUCUGUGCAUUGACUAAAAGAAUGUUUGUAAUUCUAUGAAAUGAUUUAGCUAGUUCUAUAUAUUCUAAGGUACGGAAGAUGAUUAGUGCCACAUGUGACAUGCCUCAUCCUCUUCUGUAUGCUAUUGCAAGAUAAAUACUGCCCUUCUCUGCAACUCUUUUUUCAUUUUCCUAUAUGCAAAGUAAUGUUUUAAAGCUAAAUGAAAACAUGCACGAUCAGCAUGAGAGUGCAAUUUUGCAUUCAAUUCUCAACGUCAAUAUAACACAUGUGCAAUGUAUUACGUUAUUUAAUCAUAUACAAAUUGCAACUAUUUAUAAGCAGACAACAGGGUUUAGAAUUUUUUUUUUUAAUGCUCCACAUUUUGUAAUACAAUGCCGUAUUUUGUGGAAUGUGUUGCAGUGCCUCCUUAUGGAUAUUAGACCCACAGAGAAAAUAGAUUUGUUACAUGAAUGACAAGUUCUUUAUUUGGAUUAUAUGAAUGUGACUGCUUCGUGUGUGUUUCGCAAUUUGUUCAUUUAUUGAGUGACUGUGUUUGUUAAAGCUGCUGCUUUUUAUUUUGUGAUCCUUCUGAAUCUGGCAUGGAAAAAAGGCAUGACAGCUCUUAUGGCUAUGAACAAUAAAGGAAAUGUGACAAAAAUA